AUGCCGAGGAGACGCGAUAAGGAUGUGUCAAGCCGUGCACGGGCAGUUUGUGUGCGAUGCCACAGUCGCAAGGUCAAUCGCGGUCCCUUUUUAGUCCGCUGUGAUCUCGAGGCUCGACCAAGUGGAAUUUGCAGUAGAUGCGAACAUGAAGGGCGUGACUGCCAUCUGCACAUUGGAUCACGCAAACAAAAAUCACUUCGUGCUUCACUGGCUAUGCCUAGCACUCAUGCGAAUGCCUCGCCAGCCCAAGCAAACCCAAUUACACCUCUGCAGUUGACGCCUUCGUCAAUGAAUGUACUUGGAAACAAUAUUCACCAGGCCUCAAUGACAAAACAUGAAAGCCAAGCUCAUUCGUCGCAGGGCAAUGAAGCCAAGCAGGCCGAGCUUAUAAUACAGAUAACUCAAGCAGCUCACUGCCCGCCACCUGUCGUUUCGCAGGCCCUGGCAGAUUUCUAUUUCUGUGAGCUUCAUCACAUGGCUCCUGUUCUGGAUCGGGGCCAAGAGGAGUUGGAAAGUUCGCUUCUGCUCCGACAAUCAGUUUAUUUCGGAGGCAGUGGCAUGCGUCGAUCUACCGAAGGACCCACUGAAUGGUCCACGUCAGCGAUCUAUAAACGGGUCAAGACGUUGAUUUUCCUGAAUCAUGAUCCAGCUCCACUCAAUACGCUAAGUGCUCUGUGUAUACUAGCUUCUUUCCCUAUGCACGAAGGCUAUGGAGUCGCUCUAGAUAAUCCGUGGCAGUGGAUUGGAAUGGCAAUUCGACUCGCUCUUCAAUUGCAGAUGCAUAACGAAAGUGCAUAUCUACAGUUCGCAGACCCUGGAAGAAUCAGGAGGAUUUGGUGGUACUUAUUUCUUAAUGAUACCAUGCAAAUGGGCUGCUCAGGCCGCCCAGGAAUGUUUCCACUCAAUGAAUGCAAUGUACGACUACCGACAGUCGCAGAUUUUAAUACGCCGAAUACCGAGGCUCAUUUCUUUUGUGAGAUGGUACUCCUCUGUCAGAAGCUCAGAGAAGUUUUACAAAUGGGAAAGUUUGACAAUACCUCGCAAGCGCAGGUCUUUACAAUGCUUGAGUCGCUCAGGAUCUGGAGGGAAAAUUUGCCCCCUGAGUUACACCUUUUUGAUGAAAAAAAGAGACCAGAAAAAGACACAAUCGAGCAGUCGCAGAACUUCACAUAUUCUACCUGA